AUGCCCAGCAUCAUACAUGUCUCAGGAACCCCAGCAAAAGCAAGAGCCAAAAGAGGUCGCGGUAGAGCCGUUUCCAAGACGCAUGCGCGAAGCAGAUCGCUCGGAGCGUCCUCUUCGGGAGCGGCCACCUCUGAAGCGGAGAGUGAGACGGAAGAUGGGACAUCAAACAUGUCAGAUAACUCCGAAGAAGAUGAAGAAAGAAGAGAAGAUUCCUCUGAUGAGCCCAUGGAGGAUGAAAGCGUCGUUUUCGAUUCUGACCGCGACAAUAAAACAACAGGUCACGCAAAGCACCAGGCCAAAAUCUCACAGAGGACACCAAGAAAGCCACGAAGAGCUGGACCUCCUCCAAAGGAGACGUUUAUCAAUCAGACGGCCUUUGAUGUCUACUUCGCCCACGCCACUGGAAAGUUGUACAAGUCGGACAACUUGAUCUCCUCGCUCAUUGAACCUCUUACUCAAGGAGAGUUCGAUUCCAUCAAAGCACGGAUGGAAGCGAAGAGCGAAGAUCCGUCGCUGAGGAGACUUGCAUCGUCUCACUUUGCCUUUUUCCCACACUAUUGGUUGGAAUUGCAUGCCGGAUACAAUCUGCUAUUCCAUGGCUAUGGCUCCAAGCGAAGCGUCCUGACAGAGUUCGCCAAGGAGUUCUGUGCGUCGAAUGGUCACGUUCUUGUCAUCAACGGUUACAAGAAAGGAGGUGGAUUCAAGACGAUACUCGCUGGCUUGAAUCAGAUACCUGGGUAUUCAGAUUCAACCGUAGCUAGUGCAGGGUGGGAGGACCAGAUUGCGCGAGCCUACGAAUUCUUCAGAAACACGCGACACCCGAGACUAUACAUCAUCGUCCAUAAUAUUGAGUCGCAGGGUUUGAGGGACAACAAAUCUCGCUCCCUCCUUUCGACACUCGCUCUACAUCCACGAAUACAUAUAGUUGCUUCAGCCGAUCACAUAGAUACCGCUGCGUUGUGGUCAUCCGGGGAAAUAUCUGCUCGAAAGCAUCCCACCACUGCAGCAGGGGCAGACAUACCGGUGUCGAGAGGGUACUCCUGGCUUUUCCACGACCUGACUACAUUCCAGCCGUACGUGGAAGAGAUGAAGAGCAGGGAUAUUACUUCUCUGCCUUCCCAAGGGCAGCCAUUACCGGGUGCAUCAAUGACUCAUCAAGCUUUGACGGAACCUGCCAUGGUUCACGUUCUAGCAUCGGUCACAGAAAAAGCGAAACGUCUGUUUCAGCUUCUGGCGACGCGCCAAAUUGCCGCCAUUGAAGAGGGAGGGGAGAGACAGGUUGUGGGCGUAAGCGGGUUGGAGAUGUAUGGAAUGCAGUAUGAUCUGCUUUUCAACGAGGCAAGAAAAGGUUUUAUAGCGACGAGCGAUGUAGCUCUUCGUGCGCUGUUAGGCGAAUUUAUGGACCAUGGAAUGAUCAAGAUAGGCGGUCAGCCAGAAACUCUGUGGAUUCCAGCGACCAAGGAGAUCAUACGAAGAGUGUUGCAGAAUAUCGAAGCUCAAAUCUAG